AUGGAGACGGGCCCGGCGCCCCUGGUGGCCCCGCCGCGCCGUCAUGGCGCCCCCGCGGCCCCAUCGCCACCGCCCCGGGGUUCCCGGGCCGGGCCCGUCGUGGUGGUGGCUCCGGGACCACCAGUGACUACGGCCACUUCGGCUCCUGUCACCUUGGUGGCCCCCGGGGAGGCGCGGCCCGCCUGGGUCCCCGGGCCGGCCCCGGAGGUCACGGGCAGCACGGUGGUGGUGCUUACUUUGGAGGCCUCACCCGAAGCCCCGAAGACGCAGGUACCCCCCGACCCAGAGCUCCCCGAACCGGCGGCAGUGGCAGUAACCGAGACGUCGGUGGCUUUGGGCUCAGGCGCAGACUCUCGGAAGACGGAGGAGGCUCGAACCUCACCAGCUCCAGGACCAGGAACUCCCACUGGGACCCCCACCAGGACCCCUUCUAGAACGGCACCUGGGGUCCUGACCGCCAAACCCCCGCUUGCCCCCAAGCCAGGAACCACAGUGGCCUCAGGAGUGACUGCACGGGGUGCAGCAGGACAGGUGACAAGUGGACAUGGAGGUGCAACAGCAACAUCAGCAUCAGCAGGACAGGCUCCUGACGACCCCUCAGAGCCUGGCACAGGCCCUCCGGGGACGUGUGAGGCUCCGGUAGCGGUCGUGACGGUGACCCCAGCCCCGGAGCCUGCUGAAAACUCUCAAGACCUGGGCUCCACGUCCAGCCUGGGACCUGGCAUCUCUGGGCCUCGAGGGCAGGCCCCGGACACCCUGAGCUACUUGGACUCUGUGAGCCUCAUGUCUGGAACCUUGGAGUCCUUGGCAGAUGAUGUGAGCUCCAUGGGCUCAGACUCAGAGAUAAAUGGGCUGGCCCUGCGCAAGACGGACAAGUAUGGCUUCCUUGGGGGCAGCCAGUACUCGGGCAGCCUAGAGAGCUCCAUUCCUGUGGAUGUGGCUCGGCAGAGGGAGCUCAAAUGGCUGGAGAUGUUCAAUAACUGGGAUAAAUGGCUGUCACGGCGUUUCCAGAAGGUCAAACUGCGCUGCCGGAAAGGGAUUCCCUCCUCCCUCAGAGCCAAGGCCUGGCAAUACCUGUCUAAUAGCAAGGAACUCCUGGAGCAGAACCCGGGCAAAUUUGAGGAGCUGGAACGGGCCCCUGGGGACCCCAAGUGGCUGGAUGUGAUUGAGAAAGACCUGCACCGCCAGUUUCCUUUCCAUGAGAUGUUUGCUGCUCGAGGGGGGCAUGGGCAACAGGACCUGUACCGAAUUCUGAAGGCCUACACCAUCUACCGGCCUGAUGAGGGCUACUGCCAGGCCCAGGCCCCAGUGGCUGCAGUGCUGCUCAUGCAUAUGCCUGCUGAGCAAGCGUUUUGGUGCCUGGUGCAGAUCUGUGACAAGUAUCUUCCCGGUUACUACAGUGCAGGGCUGGAGGCCAUUCAGCUGGAUGGAGAAAUCUUUUUUGCACUCUUGCGCCGGGCUUCCCCACUGGCACAUCGACACCUACGGCGGCAGCGCAUUGACCCCGUACUCUACAUGACAGAAUGGUUCAUGUGCAUCUUUGCCCGCACCCUGCCUUGGGCUUCAGUGCUUCGCGUCUGGGACAUGUUUUUCUGCGAAGGUGUUAAGAUCAUCUUCCGGGUGGCCCUGGUCUUGCUGCGACAUACACUAGGCUCAGUGGAGAAGCUGCGCUCCUGCCAAGGCAUGUAUGAAACCAUGGAGCAACUGCGCAACCUGCCCCAACAGUGCAUGCAAGAGGACUUCCUGGUACAUGAGGUAACCAACCUCCCAGUGACAGAAGCACUAAUUGAGCGGGAGAAUGCAGCCCAGCUGAAGAAGUGGAGGGAGACCCGGGGAGAGCUGCAGUAUCGGCCUUCACGGAGACUACAUGGCUCCCGGGCCAUCCAUGAAGAGCGAAGGCGGCAACAGCCACCCUUGGGCCCCUCCUCCAGCCUACUCAGUCUCCCAGGCCUCAAGAGCCGAGGCUCUCGGGCAAGUGGAGGGGCCCCCUCCCCACCCCCUCCUGCCCGCAGGGCUAGUGCUGGGCCUGCCCCAGGGCCUGUUGUCACUGCCGAGGGACUGCACCCAUCCCUUCCCUCACCUACUGGCAACAGCACCCCUCUGGGUCCUGGCGGCAAGGAAACCCGGCGGCAGGAGAAGGAGCGGCAGAAACAGGAGAAAGAGCGGGAGAAGGAGCGGCAGAGACAGGAGAAAGAGCGGGAGAGGCAGGAGAAGGAACGGCAGAAGUGGGAAAAAGAGCAAGAGAAAGAACAGCAGAAGCAGGAGAAGGAGCGGCAGAAACAGGAGAAGGAGCAACAGAAACAGGAGAAAGAAAGGCAGAAGCAGGAGAAGAAGGGCCAAGGCCGGAAGCUUUCCCUGCGUCGAAAGGCAGAUGGACCCCCAGCACCCCAGGAUGGUGGGGACAGAUCCUCAGCAGCUGAAGCCCGGCAGGACGCUUACUUCUGACCUCUGCCUGGGGCUGGACUGCAUGGCCCCUCUCUUUUCCCCUCAGCCAAGAGAAGGCCUGGCCUGGGGUGCUCCCCUAGCCCCUCAGCAGGUGUCCCUCUUGAUGAGGAAAGUGGCUUGACUCCCCAUCUCCUUGCCAGCUGCUGAUCCCUACACAACCAGGACAGCCACAGUGCAUGGGGCAGCUGUGACCAAGUCUGGAGACUCUUGUCUCCAGUUAGACCCAGCUGGGGUCUCUGUCACUCCUGCCAGUUCCCUCUGAGGUCCCCUCCCAGGUGCUGUCCUGAUUGGCCUCUUGUCACCACAGGGUGACUCUUGGCAAUGGCAGUUGGCCAUUUGCAGAUUCUUACACUCCAGUGGCUCCCCUUACUCCCAAGUGGAGCUGGGUUCCUUUUCCCUUCUUUGGCCCUGCCUGGUCUCCCCAACUUCCUUUCUGGGGGCCAAGGCUUUCUUCAUUCUACUCCUGAACAUCUCUGUGUUGUAAUUAUGUACAGAGGACUGGGAUGGCCCGGGAUGGGGGUGCUCGCUUUGUCUUUUGUCCUUUAGUUCUCCUGCACUCCAAUUUAUUUAAGGGGACAUGCACUGAAAUAGGAAAUGUCCCCCACUUCCUCACCCACCUUGCUUUGUAUUCUCAGGCCUCUGCUUUGUCUCACUAGGACCCCCAUCCUUUAUCUUAUUCCCUUCCAACCCUCAAGCCCUUGAGUAAGGGGUCUCCCCUUGAGCUCCAGGGGGUGGAAUCCAAUGUUUACAUUCUCUUUCUCAUCUCCCAUCCCGUGCGAUGCUUUGAGGAACCGGAAAAAGAACCUGCUGUUGUACCUGG